GCACUUUAAUAUCAAAACACAUUCAACAAACUUUUGAAUUGUAUUGUCUUAAAAAUCCCAAAAAUAAGGUAUGAAAUUUGGUUGAGAGGUCCAAUCAAUGUGUAUAUGUGCAAAAGCAACAUUCUAAUCUUGUUCACAAAAGUUACUAAUAAACAGCAGGAAUGUCAAUGAUCAAAACUGGACGAAUAUACAGUUAUCCUCACUUUAAUGUCAUUUAUAAUUUGUCCUUGAAUUCUCCACCAUACUUUUCAUAAUUCUGUUUGCACGAGUUGCACGAAAAUGCUGUCAUUCACGUAAAAAACGGGGUCAAAUAAGUUGUAAAUGCAAUAUCAUCUAAACAUAAUUAAUGGAUUAUGCAGUUCAAGAUAAACUUUAUAUCAUAACGUAACGAACAUGUAUAAUGUUGUAACAACAACUUUACUUACACUGAUUUAAGUAGCAGUCGGUUUAUAAGUGACUUUAUUGAUUCAUUUUGUGUUUUGUUAUUGUUGUCAAAAAGUAUAACGGAAGUGCCUCACAACUGAAGCGGAAACCAGUUUGAUGCGCAAAGUAGUCCACUACACAAGAAAGUGGGAUCUAGAGAUGGAGGUGAAAGGUCAGUGGCCGGCUGCAAGGUCAUUUCACACAACAGGUGUUGGUAAAAGAGUAGUUGUUAUGGGAGGCAGGGAACAGAAUAAUAAUCAUCUUGCUGACUUCCAUAUAUUUGAUACUGAAACUAAGGAGUGGUUACAACCCAGUGUGUCUGGGGAUAUACCUAAGCAAGGGGACAACACUCUGGUGCAGUUGUUGGAGACCAGCUUGUACUGUAUGGUGGAUCCUCAGAAUUUAAUCCAGAAAUAAUGAUGUGCAUCAAUAUAUAGGAUAUAAUGGCAGAUGGAAAAGCGCAAUCCUAGUUCUAGAGAACUUAUAAAUUACAUGGAGAUUAAUUAAACAUGUCCGGGAAAUGUUUUAGUUGCUAUAGUAUUGCAGUCUGAAUUUUCAGUUAAAAUCCCAGCACUUCAAAUAAUAUUUUGAGGUGAGACAGCCUAAACUUUCACUCUGAUUUGUUAUCGGGCCAGUUAUGACCCAGUAAUAUUAACAAAAUGACUGUGAACUGGAAGAUGCCCGUCAGAAUAUCUAACUUGCACAGUAAUGUUGUUUAAGCUCUCCAACUUCAUUUUAUUGGGUUUGUAUAGGGUUUAACGAUAUUUUUUAACAAUAUUUCAGUUAUGUAACGGUGGCAUUUACCAAACAGUUUUCCUGGAUUCUGUACCAGUACAAACCUGUCUCCGCAAGUAACUGUUAGCUUUCCCACAUGAAUCCGAGGUGAUGGACAAACAAUUUCAAUGUCUAGUAUCAAAUUGUCAUGGAGAACAUACGCCUCUCCUGGGGAUCUAAAUCAAGACCCCACAAUCCACAGAUCUGCGCUCUCCCUAUUGAUCUAAGUGGGCGGGUCCAAUCCAACUUCAGUUCAACAGGUUAUGCUUAGAAAUAUCAGUGGAUAAAAACUAAAAGAAUCCAACAGUUGGUAAUUUAUUCACUGAAACAGUAAAAACUUAUUUUAUUCAUCUUUAAACUUGUUCAGUCAUACAGAACUACAGAAAUGUUACCGGAACUUUAAUGUAACAAUUGUACAUGCA